GUUGCGCUACAGUAUGCACAACCGUUGGAGAGAGCGUUUCGUUAACAAUGAACGACGAUGAAGGUCGUAAGACUACAACCGACUCUAGAGAUGGGGAAGACUUCAGAGUUCCAACCAGCGACUUCGUCGAUUAUCUGCCAUAUGAACUAAACGUGACAAUUUUCCAAUACUUAGAUUCAAUUAGUCUUUGCAGAGCAUCGCAGACAUGUAAAGCUUGGAAGAACUUGAUAGACGACAGAUCUUCUCUGUGGCGAACUUGUUGCCAGACCAUGCCAGACCUCAGCCACGUUCCUCCGUUUGGAGACGGACGAUUGUUCAAGGCUUAUUUGUCAAGUUAUGUAGUGCGUUGCAAGGUGAAAAGCAAGUGGCUGUCGGGUGAAUUUAGUAACGUUCGAGCUGUCUCUCAACUGGAACGAGAAAAGAUGGUUCCUCUAGGUGUGGACGAUUGGGGUGAAAUUUUACAAGCUGAAGAAACACGAGAUACACAAACUGAUUAGCUUGGGUUUUCGAUUGCGUUUGCAACUUUUUUUAUAGAAUGAAUUCAUUUUUAUGGUUUUUCUGUAAUGUACGUCUAUGCCUAGAUACUAACUAUAUGAUCUAUAUGUUGCAAAACUCAAAAGUUUUUACAAUUCAGUGAAUUAAUUGAGUCGAUGACAGCUACAGUAUACGUAUGUUAUGUGCAUAUGUACACGCUAGAGUAUAGUAAGUUUUAUAUUGAUAGUCUAGAUGAAGGUCACUAUCAGUAGAAAA